UCCUAAGCAUUAUUAUGUCUAACCCUAAAUCUCAUGAUGGCAUUCCUAUUUUAGAUCUUUCUGAGCCAUUGCAGCCAUCUUCUGUAUUUUCUGUCUAUAAAGCAGCCAAAGAUUGGGGGGUUUUCUACAUAAUCAACCAUGGAAUCUCCAAAGAUCUUUGCAGCCAUAUCCAAUCACUCUCCAAAAACCUCUUCAACCUUCCUUCUCAUACUAAACUCAAACUUGGUCCUUUCUCGUCUUUCAAAUCUUACACACCUCAUUUCAUUGCCUCUCCUUUCUUUGAGAGCUUCCGAGUUAAUGGACCCAACUUUUAUGUUUCUGCUAACACUUCUUUCGAAACUCUCUUAGGCAAAAACGACUCCAAAUUCAGUGUGAUGAUUGAAGAAUACGGUAGGAAGAUGGAAGAUUUGUCAAAGAGAAUUGUAAAGAUUAUGCUGAUGAGCUUAGGGGAGGGAAUGGAGAAGAAGUUUUAUGAUUCAGAGUUCAAGAAGUGCGAAGGAUACUUGAGGAUAAACAAUUACUCAGGCGGAGAUGUUAAGGAGGAGGAAGUUGAGGGGCUUGGAAUGCACACUGAUAUGAGUUGUAUCACCAUAUUGUAUCAAGAUGAGAUUGGAGGGCUUCAAGUGAGAUCAAAGGAGGGAGAGUGGAUUGGUAUAAGGCCAUCAGAGGGAACCCUAGUGUUGAACAUUGGAGACAUGUUGCAAGCAUGGAGCAAUGACAAACUCAGGUCUUCAGAACAUAGAGUUCUUUUCAACAACCAUUUCAACAGGUUUUCUCUAGCCUUCUUUUGGUGCUUCCAAAAUGAUAAACUCAUUUUUGCACCAGAUGAAGUUCUUGGAGAAGGAAACAAGAGGAUGUACAAACCAUUUCUGUGCUUCGAUUAUUUGAAAUUUAGAGAGAACAAUGAAAAGGGAAAAUUUGAUAAGGUUGGCUUCACAGUCAGAGACUUUGCCGGCAUCAAGGCUCAAUAAUGUAGCAUAAUAAUUAAGUUAUUAGUAUAUGCCCAGAAGAAAAUAAUGUUCCUUUUGUUAAUGGAA